CCGGGAGGGCUCUAGGGGGGAAGGGAAGCAGGGCUGGGGUUGUGUUUGGAGCCUUGGCGGGGCUGGGGUUCCGAUGUGGUCCCCGGAGCGGGAGGCCGAGGCUCCGGCCGGGGGAGACCUGGCAGGCCUACUGCCCCCCGAAUGGGAGAAGGAUGAGGAGCGCAUGUCCUUCCUGUUCUCCGCCUUCAAAAGGAGUCGCGAGGUGAACAGCACCGACUGGGACAGCAAGAUGGGCUUCUGGGCGCCGUUGGUGCUGAGCUACAGCCGCCGCCAGGGGGUGGUGCGCCUGCGUCUGCGAGACUUGCAGGAGGCCUUUCAGCGCAAGGGCAGCGUCCCGCUGGGGCUGCCCACGGUGCUGCAGGACCUGCUGCGUCGAGGGGAGCUACAGCGGGAGUCAGACUUCAUGGCCAGUGUAGACAGCAGCUGGAUAUCCUGGGGAGUCGGGGUCUUUCUGCUGAAGCCCCUCAAGUGGACUCUUUCUAACAUGCUGGGGGACAAUAAGGUUCCUGCUGAGGAGGUACUGGUGGCUGUGGAGCUGCUUAAGCUCUGUCCAGGACCCUCUGUUGUGAUCCCUGUUAGAGCAUUCGGUGCUAGUAGCUGGGCACCAUCCAGUUGUGCUGGACUCUGUCUGGUGGAGGCUGUGGAAAAGGCUGAGGAGGUGUAUCGUCUGUAUCAGAACUCCCCUCUCUCCUCCCACCCAGUGGUGGCCCUGUCAGAGCUGAGUACUGUCUGUGCUAGCUCCUGCCCAGAUGAGAGGACCUUCUACUUGGUGUUGCUGCAGCUGCAGAAAGAGAAGAGAGUCACAGUCCUCGAGCAGAAUGGAGAAAAGAUUGUCAAGUUUGCCCGAGGGCCACAUGCCAAGGUCUCUCCCGUCAACGACGUAGAUGUUGGGGUAUACCAGCUGAUGCAGAGUGAGCAGCUCCUCUCGCGCAAGGUGGAGUCCUUAUCCCAAGAAGCAGAGAGGUGUAAAGAAGACGCCCGCCGAGCCUGCCGAGCAGGAAAGAAACAACUAGCACUGAGGUCUCUCAAGGCUAAGCAACGGACAGAGAAGCGCAUCGAGGCUCUCCAUGCCAAGCUGGACACUGUACAAGGCAUCCUGGACCGGAUCUAUGCCUCUCAGACAGACCAGAUGGUUUUCAAUGCCUACCAGGCUGGGGUAGGAGCACUAAAACUCUCCAUGAAGGAUGUCACAGUGGAGAAGGCAGAGAGCCUUGUGGAUCAGAUCCAAGAGCUAUGUGACACCCAGGAUGAAGUUUCUCAGACUCUGGCUGGUGGGGUAACCAAUGGCCUAGAUUUUGACAGUGAGGAACUUGAGAAGGAAUUGGACGUCCUCCUUCAGGAUACCACCAAAGAACCUUUGGAUGUGCCCCACAACCCCGAUAAGAAAUAUUACACCGAAAGUGUGCCUAUCCCUAGGAUCUUGGAUGCUGAACUUGAAGCUGAACUUGAGAAACUGUCCUUAUCAGAGGGAGGUUUGGUCCCAAGCAGUAAAUCUCCAAAAAGGCAAUUGGAACCGACUCUCUAAAGCCAUUGGAGGACCCUCAAGUGAAGGACCCUCAUAUAAAAGGGAGACCAGGCUUUUAUGUGUAUGUACAUAGUAUUUAAAUGAGAAACUCUCAGAAUUUGUUGAGGAGGAAGGAGAAUUAUUCUGAGUUGCCUGGAUGCUACCACUUACUACAGGACACAUAGAAUUUCUGGAAGCGGUGCUCCAACGGCUUGCUCCCAGCUGGUAUCAUGGACCUACCUUCUCAUCUUUAUAGUGCCACGAUUUAUACAGUUCUGUGUUUGACCUGUUGUCUCUCAUAGCCUGCAGUUCUUGCCAUUGGCUCAGUUAGGUUUGUCUUCACCCACCAGCUUCGUUCCAGCCAAUGAGUGAAAGAUUUGCAGCUUUGCCAAAUCAGAAUCAGUCCUCUCCCCUGCUCCCACUGUUUUUUAGAGGGAUUUUUUCUGUCUCUGACAUCAGUUAGUCUACUUACUCCUGUCCCACUCUGUUCCCAUUGGUAAUGAGAAUAAUGAGAAUCAAACACUUAAAGGUUUUACUUGAGGGGACUUAACACCUGCCACUUUAUGGAGAAACAUAACAGUGUGAAAGGUUUCUUUCUAGGGUCAUUUGUCAUAUUCUCCAGGUCACCCCGAGUGGCUUAGAAGCAUGACAGCUGGGGGACUCUGGUGUGGUUGGUGGACCCUGCUGCCUUAUCCAUCUUAUGCAGAAGAUCUCUUGACUGGGGAAAGGUUUAUUCUUGGACUUUUGAACUUGGUACAGAGAGGCCCAGGUGACUACAGGGCCCCAAAAUGUCUAAAUCUCAUAUGCUUUUUUAAAAGAGGCAUAAUCUUUGCCUGUCCCCAUUAUGGAAUAACUUAAAAUAUGUAUGUAUAUUUUCCAGAACAAGCCACACAACAACACACCUCCCCUUUGUGAGCCUUGCACAUAAUAGGUUCUUUGUGUGAAUUUGAAAAGCGUUUCGUUCUGCAGCCCAUUGCUCAGGGCAGGGGAUUUGAGCCAGGAUGUGCAAUAGAAGCAGAUGUUGACAUUCUGUCAUAUCUGCUGUGUGCUUCCCCAGUCCCUGUUUUACACCUGCCCCUGCCUCCUGAAGUCCCAUCUUCCCAUUUGAGGAAUUGGGGAGGGUGGUAUGGGGGGACAGACAGGAGAGAGUCUGAAUGCUCUGGCAACACAGAGAAGAGAAACGGAGAGGAGAGGACUGCCGCUCUGCUGCUGCCGAAGCACAAGUAUUUCUGCCUGGAGCCCUUUGCCCUGUCCCUCUGUUUGAGGUGGUAUAGUGCAGAGGGGAAGAAUUUGCUCCAGGCCAGGAGCAUGAAUCACUGUUAAGCAAAUUUCUCUCCCACUCUACCUUGGUAAAAUGAAAUGUUGGGGGUGAAGAGAAACAAUCACUAUUUUUUCUUUUUUAAUCUGGUAAAUAAUUAAAAGAAAAAACCCCAAGUGUUUGUCCUUGCCUCUUUAAGUUGUAUAAAGUUUCUCGUUCCUUCAUGCUUCCCCCCACACUUUGGUUCUUUCACUUAAGGCCACUGGAGAACGUUGAGUAACUUAAUAGUGUUGAGUAUUGAGCUAUGGUAAAAGAUGGUCAAUCAAAUUGAUCACUCUCGUACUGACAUUGCUCUGUGGGAGGACACUUUGUUUGAAUAGGUCUUAGGAGUGCGCCAUUGCUUUUUGUUCUUUUCCAUUGCCUGUUCUGUCUGUAGUCUUUAAAUGACCUACUUUCUUCUGCCCAAGUGAUCUUACUGUAUUUAAGUCUAGCACCAGUAUUUACUAAGCACCUGCUACAUGCAUGGUGUUUGCUGUGCACUGUGAGGCUGAGUGUAGAGUUGGGAACUGGGAGGCUAGAGGAUCUGCUGCAGCAUGAGGUAACUCAGCAGGUGAGCCAACCAGGGAAAUAUGUUAGGAGAAGUAGGUCAGAAAGCCUCAGAAGAGUCUAAAAGCCUAGGACCUGAUCAGAAAAGCAAGAGAUAGGCACUGAUAAACCAGGUGGUAGAAAACCAAAACCAAACCCACUGCCAUCGAGUGGAUUCCAACUCAUAGUGACCCUAUAGGACAGAGUAGAACUGCCCCAUGGAGUUGCCAAGGAGCGCCUAGCGGAUUUGAACUGCCGACCUCUUGGUUAUCAGCCGUAACACUUAACCACUAUGCCACCGGGGUUUCCAAGUGAUAUAGUGGGGUGGAAUCUCUGAGUGGGACUGCUCUGAGACCAGAUCAGAAACAGUUUGAACAGAGUGAAGACAGGCCGGGCUCUCAGGGAACCUCUCACUGAAAGUAAAUAACCUGUACUUUGUGAGCCACACCACCUGGUUUGUUACUUUGUCUUGCUGUCCUGAGCUAUGGAUGAGGCCUUGUUUAAAUGUUGCAGCUUGAUUCUUCGCUAUGCUAUAGGAAAUUAAAAGAAGAUACUGAGUCUGGGCUUGGAUCAGAGUGAGGACAAAGAGGGAGUCAUUACAGUUCCCUGUCUGGUGGUGGCUAUAGUUUUUAGCAUUAGAUCCCCACGGGGAAGCUGAAUCUCACGUCAGGAGUCAGGGCCAUGCGGAGAUUCUCUUGGAGAAAUGGGCUUGAUUUACUAAGGGAGCUGGUAUGUGGAGAUACGGCAGGUCCGAAUAAACCAGGUCCAGACCCUGCCCAAAAGUACCAUAAGUACAGGUAAAGAGGGAAGUUCCGAGAAUAAAUCAAGUUGUGGGCUCACUGAAGAGGUGACCGUAGAUGGCGGCUUAGAUACACCAUGCUGUCUCCCUCCAGCAAAGACCAAAAAAACCAAGUAAAACAGAUACAGAUGACAAUCCUGGAACCCUGAGCAUCAAAAGGAAGGAUGAAGAAUUAGAACACUGAUGGGAAGGAAAGAAUGAAAACAGUGAACGAGGAGAUUUAUGGAUUGAAGGUGCCCUGCCAGCCAGCCCGGUGUACCACGACUGUCUUGAGGCAAAGCAAGCAGCAACCCUGGGUGAGGAACAUAGGAAGCCAAUUUCACAGAAUUCCAAUAGGAGACAGAGAAACUGUGUAGACAAACCCAGCAUGAAGCAAGGUGAGCAGAACAUGAACCAAAUUGAAGAAGGGAAUGUACAGGAAGGCAGGCGAGAGCUCCAGGGAUCCUGGCAACCACAGAGUGGAGAGGGAGCCAGGAACCAGAGAUGGGACCACUCAUCAGUGGUGGUCCC